AUGGCUUACCAGACUCAGCCUGACUGGCAACUCCUCAUUCCAAAUAAUGGGAAACUUGAGCUCUCCACAGCUGUCUGCCCAAAUGGUAUUGUUCUUGCUUGUUUCAAGGGAUGUCAGAAGGCAAGUAUUGCCAAUAGUAACUUGUGGAUUGUUACCCAAAAGCCAGUCCCACCUGCUGUUUUCAACAAAUGGAAAGUUGAAUCUGACAUUGUGGGAAUGGACAUCAAGGCAAUGAGUGAUCAUGGAAGUGAAGUGAUUGAACUCUCAAGUGCUGUUGCUGAGCUCAACAUCCACACCAUGGCUGAGACAGGUAACAACUUCCAGCACUAUCAUCUUUACUAA